AGCCAGCCGGGCAGGGCGGGCUCCGAGCUACCCUUCGUCCGAGCGUCUUCUUCCCCUGGUCUGGACCCCAGCUGUUGUCAGCCUUAGGCAAGAAUGUCCGGCAAAAACCUCAGCAGCCUUUCCCGGGCCGGCGGCCCCGCUCCGCCCCCGCCGCGAUGGGGGACGGGCCAGCGGCGGCCUCGGGGCUCCCCGGGGAAAGCGGGGCCGCCUGCUCUCAGCACCUGGCCGGCGGAGUGGGAGAUGGAGCAAGCCGCCGGGUGCCCCGCGGUGGGCGGCAGCUACCCGCAGAAAAACGCCGAGAUCCUCAGCAGCCAGUACGGCAUCAACCUCUUCCUGGCCGGGCUGCUGCUCACCUUCGCCUGGGCUGUUCAUGCCGUGGGCAUCAGCAAGAGCCACCUGCUCUCCUACCUCAUCACGCUGAUGCUCAUCCAGCUGCUGUGGAUGCUGUGGUACCUCUGCAGGAGCUGCACGCAGAGGAGGCUGAUCCGGGACAAGGACACGCAUGCCGGAGCCCGCUGGUUGAAGUGUGGGAUUACAUUAUUUGCAGUGAUUACUUUAAUUCUGGACUCCUUUAAAAUUGGAUAUUAUAUUGAUUUUUCAAAUUGUCUAUCACCAACUGAAGGCAUUUUUCCUGUUACACAUGCUGUCCACACCAUCUUACAGGUGUACUUUCUGUGGUGUCAUGCAAAGGAUGUUAUCCAGUCUUUCAAAACACUUGAAAGGUUUGGUGUUAUCCAUUCUGUUUUCACAAAUUUGCUCCUGUGGACAAAUGGUGUGUUAACGGAGUCAAAACAUCAAUUGAAUGAACAUAAGGAAAGACUAAUCACGCUUGGUUUUGGGAACAUAACUAUAGUUCUAGAUGAUCAUGCACCUCAAUGCAAUUGCACAACAACUCUCUGCUCGAUAUUUUCUCAAGGAAUAUAUUACCUAUAUCCCUUUAAUAUUGAGUACCACAUCCUAGCAUCCACAAUGCUCUAUGUCCUAUGGAAGAACAUUGGCCGUAAAGUUGAGCACCACCAGCAAAACAAAACUCCAUUCAAAUUCCACGGCAUAACUGUUGGAAUGAUUUUUGGACUAAUCGUGUUAACUAGUACAAUAGCCAUAGUUGUUGUGUAUUUAAUUCAGAUUGGAGGUUCAAAAAUCAAAAGCGAGUUGGCACUCACUAUGUUUUACUUGCACGCUAUCUUUGUGCUGGCUCUCAUGUGCACAGCUGGAAUCGUCGCCCUUCUCAUCUACAGACUGGAAGAGAGAUCUCUGGAUAAUUCCAAGAAUCCUGCUCGAAAACUGGAUGCAGAACUGCUGGUGGGCACAGCUGCAGGGUCCUGGCUGCUCUCCUGGGGCUCGAUCCUUGCCAUUAUCUGUGCCCAAGGUCAUCCCAAAUACACAUGGUAUAACCUGCCCUACUCUGUUCUGGUUAUUAUUGAGAAAUAUAUUCAGAACCUCUUUAUCAUUGAAUCCAUCCACCGUGAGCAGGAAAAGGUGAAUGAUGACAUCAAAACUCUUCGAAUAGUGACCAUAUCUCGGGGGAGCACUUUGUCCCUCACUCCCUUGUACAAAGAGAUUUACAAUGGCAGAGCUGCUCCUGACAGCGGUGACAUACCCUGUCUGCUUAAGGGCAGCAUCUGUGGGAGAGAAAAUGAUGGUGCUGGUGUUGCCAAAGAAGAAACGAGUCAGGACAAUAAUUUAGUCAUGCACUCAGCCUCGGAUUUCUCAUUUUCCAGUAGAAACUCAGUUACUAACCACAAGAGGAGAAUUUUGAAGAACAUUGCUGCAUUUUUAUUCCUCUGCAACCUUUCGCUGUGGAUACCACCGGCAUUCGGGUGCCGCCCGGAAUAUGACAAUGGACUGGAAGAAAUAGUUUUUGGCUUUGAACCCUGGAUAAUUGUUGUGAACCUUGCCAUGCCUUUUUCUAUUUUCUAUCGGAUGCAUUCAGCUGCCUCGCUCUUUGAGGUCAAUUGUAAAACAUAG